AAGUCUACACGUUUCUGUCAAUCAGUGUUGAAAUACGAGCAAAUGUCAAAAGUUACGACCUACGACAUUAUUAACACAUUUAUUCAGAGUCGUUAGUGUAAAGCAUUAUGUGUCUUCUCUCUGGUGUGAAAUGUUUUUUUUCAGUGGUUGUAGUUGAGGGAAGCAGCGGCAGCCUGUGAUACGGCAGCACAUGUGUCAGUCAUCUCAGUGAGAGGUGAGGUAGCCCAUGUUAGGUCAGACAGGCGGUAGGCUGCAGCUGAGCACGGCUGCACACUACAUGCACACAUUGAAUGAAAGUCAGUGUAGCUUUGGACACCCGCAACUGAGAAUAUCUGCACAAAGUUAUCAUACCGUGUAGAGUAUAUAGGCACCGGGUAAGAUACGCUUGCACAUUGGCAAAAAAAGACGGAUUGAAGAUAUUCGUGAAAGGGGAAGGACCGGGCUGUGUGGGGCGAUGCAGCGGGUCACGGCGCGGCUCGUCGCCGGGCUGGUCGCAGCGGUGCUGUCGCUGCUGGCACAGCAAUGUUGGGCGGACGGCGGGGGCCCCAGCCUCGCUGAACGGGUUAUCUGGGCUGUAAAUGCCGGAGGUGAAUCGCAUGUAGACGUGCACGGUAUUCAUUUCAAAAAGGACCCAUUGGAAGGGAAACUGGGGAAAGCAUCUGAUUAUGGGGUGCGACUUCCAAUCCUGCGCUCCAGUCCAGAGGACCAGAUUCUGUACCAGACAGAGCGCUACAACGAGGACACUUUCGGAUAUGAUGUUCCCAUCCGUGAGGAAGGCGACUAUAUACUAGUUAUGAAGUAUGCAGAAGUUUACUUCGCUCAAUCACAGCAAAAGGUGUUUGACGUCCGCCUAAAUGGCCACACGGUUGUGAAAGACCUGGAUAUCUUUGAUCGAGUGGGUCACAGUACUGCACACGAUGAGAUAGUGUCCCUCUCUAUUCGACGUGGCAAACUGAGUGUGCUGGGAGAGGUGUCCACUUUCAACGGCAAGCUCACUGUGGAGUUUGUCAAGGGUUAUUAUGACAACCCCAAGGUCUGCGCUCUCUAUGUAAUGAAGGGAACAUUAGAGGAUGUACCUAAACUCCAGCCUCACCCUGGCUUGGAGAAGCCUGAGGAAGAGGAGGAAGAAGAGGAAGAAACCGAAGGAGGUGACGAAGUCGGGAAGAAGAAGCUCCCACCAGGUUCCAAGUACAGGGUCCAGUCAGGACCCCGAACACCAAACCCGUACGCAGCCGACAACAGCAGCCUAAUGUUUCCCAUCCUAGUGGCAUUCGGGGUUUUCAUCCCCACGUUGUUCUGCCUCUGUCGGCUGUGAAGCGGAAAAACUAGUCGGGAGGACAAGACGGACGUGAGACUAUGAAGAGAGAGAGAGUGAGAGGGAGAGAUGGGGGGGUGUGGGGGUAAGGAGGGGGCCUGGAGGGGGGGGGGGGGGGGGGGGGACAACAGCAGCACAGGUAAAAGCAUACACACAGGAAAGAGCUUGAAAGGCUUGGGAGAGAAGAUCAUCAGGACGGAGGACAAACAGACAAACUUUUUUUUUUUCAGAAAGCCGCCGCAGGAUGAAGCAAAAAACGCUGCUGUCACCAUCAAAUUGUACCGCUGAGGAAAGAAAAAGAAGAUGUGGGGAAGUGUAUGCCGUGCGCUUCUUUCGUGAAUGUGUUUUUUCGCAUCCACCUCUGCUGACCCUUUCGAACAAUGUUAGUCAUUUCCACUCAAGACACCAGGCAGGGUUUUUACAGGUGCCAGUCUUCAAAGGUCGGAAACCCCAUUUCAGCAGCUAAGGGAUGCUCAGGAGUGAUACGUCCGGGCCCGUUUUAUAAAACAAACAAAAAAACAAAAAAAUAAGCAUUGUUUUGUAUUGGGUGUAGCGAGGACACUCUGUUUAACACUCCUGCUCAGCAUCUGGUCAGACAUGUUACCUUACAAUUGGAAAUGGUGCUGCUUAGAAAUCGGUUAAAUAGAUUAGAAACCACGAGUCAGACGGUUAGUGGAAAUACGGUUUUCCAUUUGAGAGGCUCCCAUUUUUCUCAACUUGUUGCUUUUUUUGUGUGUGUGUGUGUGUCUUUCCACUCCGAUCAACUUAGCCCUGCGUUAACGUGCCAUCAUCUACUUGCCAUAAAAUGCUGAAAUAAGACAAAUUGAUUUUUGGGUUAAUUUCCUGUUUGUUGUCUAAGUCGACUUGCCUUUUACAGAAAUAUAGGUUGAGUUUCAACAAAUCUGCCAGUGACACGUGUUAAAUAAAAUCCACCAAAACACAGAUUCAGGGCCUUAGAAAAUAGUCCUCAUCAGCGACCGCAGAUUCAAAGCCCCAAGAAUGCAUUUUAAAAUCCAGAUAUGACGAGGCGACAGCGUCGACCCUAUAACGGUUAACCUUUUUUAGUUUCUUGGAAUGAAAGACGCCACAACUGCGUUUAGUGAAAGGCAAAGUUUAUGCUGUGAAAUGCUGAACUCAAGCAAGCCCAGAUUAUUUUACAUCACUGUAUUUAAAUGUGCUCGCUGCCUUUUCUGCUCACUCAUUAAUUAUGCAUGCCUGCCUUUUUCUUUUCUUUUUUUUUUUUUUCACCAAAGAAUGUCUUUGUUUAUUUUGUAAGAAAAAAAAACAAAACAAUGUGGCCUGUUUUUUUAAUUUGACACAAAGCUUGCAAAUUACACUGUGAUGCCUCUGUUGGCAAGUGUUUGAACCAGGCAGGCUGAAAAUGGAUUUAGAGAAAAGAAGUGGCUGAAGGAAUGAGGGCGGGCAGUUGUAAUUGUUCAUUUACUUGGUUUGUUUUGGGUUUUUUGUUUUAUUUUUCAAUUUAAAACCGAAUGCUGUGUUGACUCUGACAGGCCAUAAGCUUCAGUCCUCCGUGUUAUCUGAAAAACCUCAGCUCCAUGUUAAUAUAAUAAAUCAUGAGAAUCUGUGCCAGUCAGUGCACUUGUUUCCUACAUCCCCAAAAGUCUCUACCACAAAAGUUCAUUCACUUGCAGUGAGAGAAAAGAAAGCACAGCAUGAGUGUAAGUAGAAAAGAAAAAAAACAUUUAUUGAAUUCCCCUCAAGUUCCACUCAGCCUUUUCAAAUCUGUUGUCUUAAAAAAAAUAAUGUCGACUGUAACCUUCUUUCUUUUUUUUCCCCCACAGUGUGAACUUUGAGUGCAAUUAAGCUACUUGUGGUUCUUGAAUGGAUUGAGCAAGCAAGGGGAAUUUCUUUUUUUCCUGCUUCAUUGCCACAUUAUCAGAGUCCACUCACCUUUUGCACAGUGAUCUUUUUUCUUUUUUUUUUUAGUUUCCACGCGGACUGAAAAGCAGCUUUGUUCCUCAUUUUUAGUAGAGUUGUGUCGUGAACCCUCCUAUUUAUGUAUCUAGUUACCUCCCUUAAGUGCUUAGCUCUGCUCCGAGGAUGAUUUUGUAACUUUGCCUGUUUCACUAAUGCGUCUUAAAUGUCCCCCUUCCCCCCCAACCCACCCUACCCCCUUGCCAGUAUUGCUGUCGCCAUAUGCAGUACUUGAAACGGUUAAUUAUUCAGGUGUUGCGGAUCUUUCCUCACUCCUUGAUUCUCCUUCUUAUAUUUUGAUUGGUUUUUUUUUUUACGGUAAGCGAGAAGGUAGUGGCCAGUUGUUGGCGGUUUUUGGAGUUGAUUUUCUUUCUUUUUUUUAAGUUCUAAACUCAACUCAUUUUAAGACACAUAUUAGCACCUUUUUUCCUCUGAAAGGAUGCAAACACUUCAAGUAAUUCAGCACCAAAGUCACCAUGUUCUGUUCCUCUGCAAGUCUACACAGCUGCGUGUGUAUAUAAGGUACAAGAUCACACUUUUGUCUUUUUUUAAAAUCGUGUGACAACAGUUCUGUUAUCAUCACUUUUGUGUUAAAUGGUUUUUGUUUUGAAAUUUCUCUUGAGGAAGACUUUGUGGCCUUUCUUCUUGGGAGGAACGGUUGUUGGUACAGAGUAUAAAGCAGGAUUAAAGUAUCAGAGAAAUCAAAUAAAUGAGAUUGUGUCUGAAAAUGUGGGAUCUUCCAAUCUAUUCUAUAUAAUUUAAAUCAGAGUGGGGCUGAUCUGGAGAUAUUUUAUAAUACGCUUGGAUUUGUAUGUUUUGAAUUUUUUCCUCAGGAUCUGUUUUUUGUUUUGAAUUUUUAAACGUGAUAUUUUAUUGGUGUGACAUUUUUGCACUGCCUCAUGUAUUUUAAAAAAUUUUGUCAUUUUUUUGUGUGUUUGUCUUUGUUGCCUUGAAUUAUUGAAUACAUUGUGCUUUACCAUCAUUCGCCUUGAGGUCACUUUUUUUGUUGGCUUGUAUCAUAUCAGUUUCUCCCCCCCCCCCCCUCUCUUUCUCUCUCUCUCUCUUUCUUUCUUCUCUUGUUAAACAAGUUUCAGGGCUAGAUUUUCAUUCCACAUGAGCACCUCUUGUUUGAAGUCUGUCAGUAGAAUUGAAGAUAAUCCUGGGUGUGUUGUUAACCUCAGUUUCUCUUGGAGCAAAGCCAGUCAGAAACAUGUUGAAAAGGUUUUAAGAGUACUGUGAAAUAAUAUACAAUAGGCUCUCAACACUUAUGGAUCCUACUGUAUAUGUUCAGCUCUUGUUUCACUCACACUCUUUAUAUAUUUAGCUUCUCACCAGCCUUUUUUCCAGACAUCAAUCCUGUUAUUGUUACUACAUCUCACAAUUUGAUGAACUGGAGUGGAAUGAAGAUCUGCUCUGUGUUUUUCUUUUUCACAUGAGAACCAAAGAAUUGUCAUCACUCCAUCCAAAUUCUUUAAAACGUAGUGUCUCAACAUGCCACUAAAAGUUCUUCAUUUCUUUCCUUCCCUGCCUGGUAAAGCAGUGAAUAAACCAGGUUGGGGGGGGGGGCAAACCCGUCAUAUCUUGUCAUCAGAUUUGUUGUCAUCACUAAUUAUUCCCCCUGCCAUUAAACCCAAUCUUGAAUCUUGUCACUGGCACCCUAGAAAAGGCAUUUUAAUGGCUUUGUAAUUAAUGUAAUUGUUUUUUGGUUGUUUUUUUUCUCCUGGUUUCUCAUUUCUCAUUUUCAAAGCAACUGAACUUAAAUGAAUUUAAACUGAGACAAAUUUGAACAGCAAAAAAAAAAAAAUCUGCCAGCUUCUCCAUCGUCCCGUCAGCGGACCGCACAAACAAUCUGCCAUCGACCACACAGCGCGAGUGUGUGCUUAAAUAUGAGUAAAGAAUCCUACUGUAUAGAUAUACACGAGUCAGAUAAAUAAAUGCUCUUCUGAGGGCUGUAGGCAGCAGCGGGUGGACUGAGAUGUGUUCGAGGCCCCUGAUCUUACUCAGAUGUGGCGUAUAACUGCAAACAUGGGAAAUGCUGAUAAAUGCUGUCUC